UCAACGACAACGGUCACCGUUAUCCAAACCACUCUUCACUCUCUCAAUUUCCAAAACGACAACAAAAACCCCAAAACGGUAACGCACCCAACCCACCUUGGUUACCUCUCUAUGUGUUCCCACCUCAGCCUCCACUUUCUCCACUCACUCUCUCUCUCUCUCCAUCAUCUUCUCUCUUCCACCACCGGAGUUAGAGUUCCAUAACAACGGUGGGUGGAACCACUGUGAUUGAGUUUUGCCCGGGUUUUGUUCGACGAAAUGUCUCUGUGGGGUUGUGUUUCGGCCGCUAACUUCAGCAGCUGCCAGAGUGGUGUCGUGGACUUUCGAAACGCAGGGAGCAUACCCAGAUGUUGUUUUCGAUUGCGUUCCCAGAAGAUGGGGUCUUUGGCUUUUGGGUCUGGUGAAUUUAUGGCUCGUGGUUUGGGAGGUCCGAGCUCGCUGGCUCUUGUUGGUAGUAGACAAAAGAAGGGUGUUUUACCGUUGCAGGUGGUUUGCGUGGACUAUCCAAGGCCGGAGAUUGAUAACACUGUGAAUUUCUUGGAAGCUGCAGCCUUGUCUUCCACUUUCCGUGGCUCUCCUCGUCCAGCCAAGCCUUUGAAAGUCGUAAUUGCUGGUGCAGGUCUGGCUGGUUUAUCAACUGCAAAAUACUUGGCAGAUGCAGGUCAUAAACCUAUAUUACUGGAAGCAAGAGAUGUUUUAGGUGGAAAGGUGGCAGCAUGGAAAGAUGAUGAUGGUGACUGGUAUGAGACCGGUCUACAUAUAUUCUUUGGAGCUUAUCCCAACAUACAGAACUUGUUUGGAGAGCUAGGCAUUAAUGAUCGGUUGCAAUGGAAAGAACAUUCAAUGAUCUUUGCAAUGCCCAGCAAGCCAGGAGAAUUCAGCCGAUUUGAUUUCUCUGAUGCUCUGCCAGCUCCCUUAAAUGGAAUAUGGGCUAUUUUAAGGAACAAUGAGAUGCUGACCUGGCCAGAGAAAGUCAAAUUUGCAAUUGGACUCCUGCCUGCAAUGCUAGGUGGACAGCCUUAUGUAGAAGCUCAAGAUGGUUUAACUGUCAAAGACUGGAUGAGAAAGCAGGGCAUACCUGAUCGUGUAACUGAUGAGGUAUUCAUUGCCAUGUCAAAAGCCUUAAACUUCAUCAACCCAGAUGAACUUUCAAUGCAAUGUAUAUUGAUUGCUUUAAACCGAUUUCUUCAGGAGAAGCAUGGUUCCAAGAUGGCUUUCCUAGAUGGAAAUCCCCCAGAGAGACUCUGUAUGCCCAUAGUUGAUCAUAUCCAGUCAUUAGGUGGUGAAGUUCAACUUAAUUCGCGGAUACAAAAAAUUGACCUGAAUGAUGAUGGAACUGUAAAGAAAUUUUUACUAACUAAUGGAAAUGAAAUCGAAGGGGAUGCAUAUGUGUUUGCAACCCCAGUUGAUAUCCUGAAGCUUCUAUUGCCUGAAAACUGGAAAGAGAUUCCAUAUUUCAAGAAAUUGGAUAAAUUAGUUGGAGUUCCUGUUAUUAAUGUUCACAUAUGGUUUGAUAGAAAAUUGAAGAACACAUAUGAUCACCUCCUUUUCAGCAGAAGUCCUCUUUUAAGUGUCUACGCCGAUAUGUCAGUAACAUGUAAGGAAUAUUACAGUCCAGACCAGUCUAUGCUUGAGUUGGUUUUUGCACCAGCAGAAGAAUGGAUUUCUCGUAGUGACUCAGAUAUUAUUGACGCUACCAUGAAGGAACUUUCUAAGCUGUUUCCUGAUGAAAUAGCAGCAGAUCAAAGCAAAGCAAAAAUCUUAAAGUACCAUGUUGUAAAAACACCGAGGUCUGUUUACAAAACUAUUCCGGAUUGCGAACCUUGCCGUCCCUUGCAGAGAUCUCCUCUUGAAGGUUUCUAUUUAGCAGGUGACUACACAAAACAGAAGUAUCUGGCUUCAAUGGAAGGUGCUGUUUUGUCAGGGAAGUUUUGUGCACAGGCAAUUGUACAGGAUUAUGAGUUGCUCGCAGUUCGGGGUCAGAGAAUUUUGGCCGAGGCAGGAAGUCGUUGACAAUAACACUCGAGGCAAACUUCGCGCUUACAGCAAAGCAUAUUCUUCAGUUACUGUCUGUAAACUAUUGUUCUUUCGAGUGUCAACGAGCUUCUCAAACCAAUGCAGGGAGAAACGAAAAUUGUGCUUAUCUUCAACCAAGGAGCAUUCCAUCAGAUAUAGUUAUACCAUGUUUUUUUCUGAUAAAGGGUAAUUUUUUUAGUUACUGUACAGUGAUACUUAGUGUCUAAUCUGUUUAAUUUGGCUUUGGAGGAAGUUGACACUUCUUUUUGUAUCCAUUUGUUUGUGGAGAACAAUUGUCAUAAUACACUGCAUAUAGAAAUUGAUUAAGAGGCUGCAUAGUUGAA